GGCGAAACCGGCGAGCUGACGUCACUUUGAUUCCUUGAAGUGAAGCGGAAUAAAACCUUUGAGAGGAGAGUCUCCUUCAAUCUGCCGUCCGUAACUAACACACACACACACACACACACACUCACACUGAGUCACACACUCACUCACUCACUCACACACACACACACACACACACACUGAGAGACUCAAUUACUGCCCAAUUCCCCCUUCUUCAUCAUCUCCUGCUACGCCGGCCUCUCGCAACAAAAAAAAGAAGGAAAAAAACACCAAACCCGUGAUCUAAAAAGUAUUCCUUCGAAGGACGAGGUGGAUUUGUUACAGCGUCGACUGGCUAAGUGUCCGAAAACUGACGGUGGAAGAGCAGUGAUGUUACAGAGUUGAGGACACUCCCACACAAUAUGGAGUCUGGAGAGCGACUGGCUUCGCCUUCCUCCACCCCGGUCUCCGUACACACUAGCUCAUCUUCAUCCUCAUCCUCAGUGUCCCCGGCCUCCAACGCCAAGAGCAGCCUCAACCACGGAGCUGCAGCCUCGCUCGCCGCCUGCGGUCCUCUGUUUGGGGUGACGGGAAGUGAGCAGCCGUUCAGCGUGACCUCUGUGACCUCGGUGCCCAGUGCCUUCCCUGUGAUGGCGCACCCCGCCUUCGGCCUGCUCUCCCCUGGCGCGGCUCGCCCUGAGUUCGGCGGUCUCGGAGCGCUGGGGGUCACCGCAGCCCUGGCAGCGCACCCACAACUAGGGGCUUUCACAGAGUGGUGGAGAGCGGCUGAAGCUCAUGGGCGGAGUCCAGCAGCCUUCUUCCCUCAUUUCCUAGGCCUGCCCCCGCUGUUUGCUCCUCCCCUUCAGAACCACGAGGCCACGCCCUAUACGUCCAAAACCCUGAGCAAAAGCAGCCAGGGUCCUAAAGGUGUUAACGGAGCUCUGAACGGCAGUGUGGUCUCUCCGUCCACGACUAAAGGCAGCGCGUCCGUGUCGUCCUCGCCCGCUCUCAACACCUCCAGCGUCAAGCCUCGCGCCCGCAAGGCCUCUCAUCACAGCAACAGCACAGGAGAUCUCCAAGAGAAACCCUCGCAGAAACCAAAAGAGAAGAAACCGCGUAAGAAACAGACAGAGGGAUCUGGUGUGAGCGACAGCGAAUCAGGAUCAUCUUUGGACAGUGACAUUGAAGGAGUCAGCAGCAGUGAUCUGGAUGACUUCGGCGAGGAGGACGACGAUGACGAUGACGACGACGACCAGAGUAAAGACAGCGAAGAGUCAGAUUCUGAAAAAGAACGACAGAAGAAAAAGAAAACGAAGGUUGCAGCUGCAAACCUGCGGCUGAGUAAGCAGGAACAUUCCAGACCUGCGAAAGCGUGGGACCUUCGGGAGGGCAAUGCCGCUCCGGAUGCCCGCUCUCAGUCCUCACCCCUCGCUUCCAAAUCCAGAGACAGACUCGCACAGCCCACCAGCGUCAUCCAGUCCACCGGCUUCGCCAUUAACGCCAAACCGCUGGCUCUGAUUGGCCAAUCGCAGCAUGACUCCUCCCCUCAGCACCUCAGCUCCUCCUCUCCUCGACCCCUGCCCAUCGCCUCUCAUCAGCCACUCCCACUUUCUCUCUGCUCCUCCCCUAAACCGCUGUCGGUCCCUUCUCCUCCCAAACCUCUCCCCCUGUCAUCUUCUCCCAAACCACCUCCUCUGAGCCCCUCCCCCAGAGCACGGGGCUCCUCCCACAAGUCUCAGGCACCGCCUCUGGACUCGCUGAGCAGCAGGAAGCUUCUGGAGAGCUCUCUGUCCCACAUCGCCGACUAUAGACUGAAACAGUCUUUACUUGCGCAUGACCAGGAGUUCCCACUCCAGCUCAAGAAGCAGCACGACCUUUACAAGACCUCGAAGAGUUCCGCGGUUGUAUCCUCCUCUUCCUCCUCCUCCUCUUCUUCCAUUCUCCCUCCCAAAUCCACAUCGGGUCGUACCAAGCCUCCAGCUGCUCAGGGUGUGGCUGCGUCGCCGAGCCUCAUGCUCACUCAGACUCUCCUGGGCCUGGGCCACACCAACGGCGUCAUCCAGAGCUCCACGCAGGACACCCCGCUAGCGCUCACCACCAAACCUCGUUCCGACCUGCCCGUCAACCUCAGCACCGGCGGCAGGAAGGACAUGUCUGUGCCCGCCCCUUUACCUGCCCUGCUGCCUGCUCUAGUACCCGCAUCCGCCCUGCCAGCGCGACCCCGCGCCUCCCGCAAAAACAAGACGCCCAGAGCCCUGGAGGCCUGGAAGGAUGUUUCCCAGAAGCACUUGGUGAAGUCUCUUGUGGAUCUGUUCCACCACGGAGCGGGAGAGCAGGAGACUCCGGGCAAGAAGGACUCGGACGAGUCGGGCGAGGACGACGACGAUGACGAGGAUGAUGAUGUGGAUGAUGAAGAGGAGGACGAGGAGGAUGAGGAUGACAGUCUCUCAGAGUCAGACAGUAACUCAGACAGCGAGCUGAACGGCUCGGCGAGGAAGAACAGGGACACGACAGAGACGGAGACUGACGGCGAGAGGACGCCAUUGAAGCUGGGCAAAAACCUGCCCCUGCUCGCCUCCGCCUCUGCCAAUUACAGCCUGCCCGACUGCUCGCCACUCAACCUCCAAGUCAUUAAGCCCUCCGGCGUGGCCACGCCCACCUUCGUGAGUGGCUCCGGUGCCUUGACCUAUCACAGUUCGCCUUCCUCGUCGUAUUCCGUCGGAACCUCUCCAGGAUCUGGAAAAAGGAAGCGUGUGAUGAACGAGGAUGAUCUAAAGACUCCUUUAGAAAUGGGCUGGCGUAGAGAGACCAGGAUCAAAUCCGCCGGAGGUCGUCUCCAAGGAGACGUUGCAUAUUACGCACCCUGCGGAAAGCGAUUGCGGCAGUACCCCGACGUCGUGAAGUAUCUAUCCAGAUACGGAAUAACUGACAUCACACGCGAUAAUUUUAGCUUCAGUGCAAAAAUAAGGGUUGGUGACUUCUAUGAAGCCAGAGAAGGACCCCAGGGUCUGCAGUGGUGCCCGCUGAGCGAGGACGAGGUCAUACCACGCAUCAGAGCCAUGGAGGGCCGCAGGGGUCGGCCGCCCAACACUGAGCGCCAGCACGCAGCCGGCGACAGCGAGGGCUCCAGUGCACGCCGCAGGAAGGGUCGUCCGCCCAACGUGGGCCACACGGAGUUCCCCAGCGCCUCUGAGGCUAAGCUGCUCCGCAAACUGGAGGCUCAGGAAAUCGCCCGGCAGGCUGCUCAGAUGAAGCUGAUGAGGAAGCUGGAGAAACAGGCACUUGCACGAGCGGCUAAAGAAGCUCGCAAACAGCAAGCCAUCAUGGCUGCAGAGGAGAGGAGGAAACAGAAGGAGCAAAUCAAGAUUCUCAAACAGCAGGAAAAGAUAAAGCGCAUUCAGCAAAUCCGGAUGGAGAAGGAGCUCCGCGCGCAGCAGAUUCUCGAGGCAAAGCGGAAAAAGCGGGAAGAGGCUGCCAAUGCCAAAAUCUUGGAGGCGGAAAAGCGCUUAAAGGAGAGAGAGAUGAGACGGCAGCAGGCUGUUAUACUAAAGCACCAGGAGUUGGAGAGGCAUAGACUAGAUAUGGUAUGGGAGAGGGAGAGGAGGAGGCAGCACGUAAUGCUGAUGAAGGCUGUGGAAGCCCGCAAAAAAGCUGAGGAGCGUGAACGCCUCAAGCAGGAGAAGCGCGAUGAGAAGCGCCUCAACAAAGAGCGCAAGCUGGAGCUGCGCCGCCUCGAACUGGAAAUGCUGCGAGAGAUGAAGAAGCCCAACGAGGACAUGUGCUUAACUGAUCACAAGCCUCUGCCGAAGUUCUCUCGCAUCGCGGGUCUGGUGCUGCCGGGGCAGGUGUUCUCUGACUGCCUGAUGGUGGUGCAGUUCCUGCGCAGCUUUGGGAAGGUGCUGGGUAUGGAGCAGAGCGAGGUUCCCACGCUGGGCGUGCUGCAGGAGGGUCUCCUCAACCUGGGCAACAGCAUGGGUCAGGUGCAGGACCUGCUGGUGCGCCUGCUCUCCUCGGCCGUGUGCGACCCGGGACUGCCUCCAGGGCACAGGGCCAAGUCCAUCCUGGGUGAUCAUCUGACCAAUGUGGGUCUGAACCGGGACAAUGUGUCAGAGGUGCUGCAGCAGUACAUGGAGGCGCACUGUGCUCAGACGGAGCUGGCCGACGUGGCCCUGAGUCUGAAGACCAAAGCCUUCCAAGCACACACACCCAUGCAGAAAGCCUCGGUGCUCGCCUUCCUGGUCAACGAGCUGGCCUGCAGCAAGAGCGUGGUCAGUGAGAUUGAUAAGAGCCUGGACCAAAUGAACGUACUGAGGAAAGACGAGUGUAUCGUGGAGGGAAAGCUCAAAAAGCUGAAGAACAUUCAUGCGAAGCGCACAGGGAAGCGCGAAGCCACCGGAGGGGACGAGCCUCACGCCACAGGCACGCCAAGCGCCGGACACAAGCGCAAGAGAAAGGCUGGCGACAGCGAUGACGAUGAGGACGAAGACGAGGACAGCGACGAGGGUGUAGAUGACGAGGAUGAGGACGAUGAAGAAGAGGUGAAGAAGGCAAAGAAAGUAGAGACGUGCGACGAGGAUGAAGGGGAUCAAGCCACGAGCAUAGAAGAGCUAGAGAAACAGAUUGAUAAAUUAUCGAAGCAGCAGAAUCUGAUCAGACGGAAGCUGUUCGAAUCGUCUCACGCUUUGCGCUCCAUGGGCUAUGGACAGGACCGCUACCGCCGCCGCUAUUGGGUUCUCCCGCAGUGCGGAGGGGUCUUCAUCGAGGGAGUGGAGAGUGGAGAAGGUCCCGAGGAGCUGGAGAAGGAGCGAGAGAGGCUCCGCAACUUUGAGCCGGUGAGGAUCAAGGAGGAGCCACAGGAAGAGGAGGAGGAGGAGGAGGAGGUGCAGGCGGAGGAGGCGCAGCAGCAGCCGGAGGUGCAGGUGCAGGCUCAGGUGAAGCAGGAGGAAGAGCAGCACGCUGAGAAGGAAGUGAAACAGGAAGAUGAGAAGCCCUGCUCGCCGCCAAACAAACUCCAGGAGAAGGACGCUCAGCCGUUAGACUCCGCCUCCUGUCCUCUCAAGGAGCCUCCAGACCCACCUGGUGACCUCACGUCCCUUUGCCGUACUCCUGACAGCAGCAUGAUGACUGUCACCGCGGCAACCGCAUCAGCAUCAUCUCCAACUCAUUCUACCUCCAAGCCUACUGUACUGUGCAGCGCUCCUGCAGACUCUGUACCUCUCGUCGCUCAGUUUGGUGCUCCUCCUCCACAGUUCGGUGUUGCUCUGUCCCUACAGCAUCAUCAGCACCUCCUGGCCAACGAUCAGCUCCUGCGGGUUUUAACGGAGCGCAGCGGCCAUUGGUUCAGCCUUCUUCCCCGUUCUCCCUGCGACGACUCUUCCCUCGUCCAACCCACCACGCCGCUGCGUUCCUCAGCUCAGCCCAACAACGUGCAGCCCAGGAGCCCUCCUGCUCCUUCCUGCUCCCCUCACCAGCACCUCCAACCUCCGUCUGCCUCCAGCAGCCCCCUCAAUGCUGCUCCUGACGGCCUGGGAAACCUCACCGUCUCCCCUCUGCAGGUAAAACCCGGUGGUGCUCUGCUGCCUUUGCCCAUAUGUGGAUGGUCAGGUGGGAUACUCAGCCCCAACCUGCCCAUGUGCAGCAGCCCUAUGCCCCUUUGCCCGCUCACUGAGGGCAGCGCCAGCCCCCUGCUGGCCCCUAGUGUCUCCACCAGCAAGAGCGGCUCUCCUGCGCCCCCUGGGGACAAACCGCCCUCUGCAUCCUCGCCUGCUAUAGAUCUGCCACGAAACCAUGACCAGCCCCAGCCACAGCCCAUUCCAGAAGACAUGCUGAUGAGCUGGUGGAAGAUAACGGACAUGGAGGAACUGCAGGCCCUGAUGAAGACGCUCCACAGCAGAGGCAUCAGAGAGAGAGCGCUGCACAAACAGGUCCAGAAAUCCAUGGAGCUCAUCACACAGACCUGCAACAAGAACAAAGAGGUAGCCGUGAUGGAGGUGUCGGAGCUGGAUGAGGGCCAGGUUUCCGUGGAGACGCUACAGGAGUGGUGCGUGGAGGAGCAGGCAAUGGAGACGGACAUCGCCUUACUACAGCAGGUGGAGGAGCUUGAACGCAGGGUCACUUCAGCCAGCCUACAGGUCAAGGGCUGGAUGCACCCGGAGCCCCAGUCGGAGAGGGAGGACCUGCUGUAUUACGAGCACAAGCCCAUUCCCAAGGCCUGCCCAGGGGCGGAGUCACAGGAGGAGCGGAGCUCGGAGAAAGGCCUGAGACGGCAGCCCAGCAACCCGCUGGACAUCGCCGUGAUGCGCCUGGCUGAGCUGGAGCGCCACAUCGAGAGAAGGUACCUGAGGAGCCCCUUAGGGACAACCAUCCAGAUCAGGCUGGAUAAUGUGGGGACGGUCACUGUGCCCGCCCCCGCGCCAUCCACUAGCGCUGGAGGGGAAGGGAGUGAGGAGGAGAUCGCUCCGGGGAUGAAGAUGUGGAGGAAGGCUCUGAGCGAGGUGAGGAACUCGUCGCAGCUGGCCAUGUGCCUGCAACAGCUGCAGAAGUCCAUCGCCUGGGAGAGAUCCAUCAUGAAAGUGUACUGCCAGAUCUGCCGUAAGGGGGAUAAUGAGGACUUACUGCUGCUGUGCGAUGGCUGUGAUAAGGGCUGUCACACCUACUGCCACAAGCCCAAGAUCAACGCCAUCCCUGAGGGAGACUGGUACUGCCCUGCCUGCAUCUCCAAGGCGAGCAACCAGUCCCCUAAGAACAAGAAGCCUCAGAGUCGUGUGCAGUCCGGCGGAGGGGGCAAGAAAUCCUCAGAGACGGCCAAGAAGAACAAGAAGCAGCAGGAGGCGUGUGAGGAAGAGGAGGCAGGUGGAGGCAGCAGCACCAGCAACAGCAGCCCAAAGAAAACAGCCACGGCUUCCAGCCAGGCGAAAAAGAGCUCGCCCGUUCCUCCCGCUGCCAAACCCGAGAGCCCGGCCUGUGUCAAACGAGCCAAAACGGCCAGGGACAACAACCGCGACCUGGGCCUCUGCAGGAUUCUCUUGGCUGAACUGGAGCGCCAUCAGGACGCCUGGCCCUUCCUCACACCCGUCAACCUCAAAUCGGUCCCCGGAUACCGGAAAGUCAUCAAAAAACCCAUGGACUUCUCCACCAUCCGCGAGAAGCUCGUCAGCAGCCAGUAUCAGAACCUCGAGACUUUCAUCAUCGACGUCAACCUGGUGUUUGACAACUGCGAAAAGUUCAACGAGGACAACUCGGACAUCGGCCGCGCAGGACACAACAUGAGGAAGUUCUUUGAGAAGAGGUGGACCGAGCUCCUGAAGCAGACUAACUGAUCCACUCGAAGCGACCGCGCGCCGCUUUUUCCAAACCCCUCAACAUGGAGCUCGGAUCAGAACCGGCCAGAAUUUUCCUCCCAGCAAAGCAAAACGCCGUUCUCAAACCUGAACAUGUCACACACAGACACACACACACAUAUAUACACACAACACCCCAAAGAGACACAGGACAGAGGGUGUCUUUGUGCAAUAUCAUUUCCUUGUAGAAAAGAGUAAUCGCACUGAAAUCUUCAACCGUCUGAGCUGUAUCUAGGAGAAAACACACACAAAAAAACACUUUCCACUACCUGUAAAUAUCAUCAUUUUGUUUCUUCUGUUGUUUUUUUUUUACUUUAUCGUUAAUAUUAUAGUGAAUGUAUUUAAUUUUUUUUAAAUGAUUAUUUAUGACAAAAAAAAAGGUCCAUUCUUCAUUUUCUAUGAAAAGGAAGAAACAGCGCAAACUGCUUUAAAAAAAAUCGAAUGGAAUGUUUAUUUGUAUGUGUGUUUUUUUUUUGUUUGUUUGUUUGUUUUUUUAAAAAAAAUUUUUCCUCUCCAAAUAUGAAACGAAGCCAAGAAAAGAAAGGAACCUGUUUACACACUCCGGGCCGUUCGACAUCGGAGUUUUCCCCUCGUACACACACACACACACACACACACACACACACACACACACACACAGAUGAGCAGUGGUUUCCACCCCCACACACACAAACAAAAAAAAAAAAAAGAAAAGAAAAAAAGUGUAUAUACUGUCUGUUCAUACCGAUAUAUAUAUCGAGUCUUGUUUGGAAUGAUGUGUACAUAUGGUUUCAAACAUUGGAUAUUGUUCAUGCCUUAGACCGAUUGUAGCAUUUAAUUUUAGUCUUAAAGUGACUUAUUAUUAUUAUUAUUAUUAUUAUUAUUAUUAUUAUUGACACAUUUAUUGGUUGUACAGUAUACACAUAUCUUCUACAAACACUGUGGUCUCCUUAAUCUUGGUAGUGCCUGCCCUUCUGAACAGGGUGUAGGGAAGUAUUUUUUUUGUUUGUUUGUUUGUUUUGGUUUGUUUUUAUGAUUUUUUUUUUUAAAAAGAAAAAAAAAAAAAGAAACACCCCCUGGCUUCCUCCGCACGCUGGCAUAUAUACUGUACAACACGAGUGUGUAUCCCCAUGUGAGAACUGUUGGGAGUAGGCUUCAGCACCACACACACACACGCAGCGGGCUUUCGGUAACCACUAUGGCCACGUCCCAAACCGCAUAACUCCUGCUUCACCGUGGCUUUGUUCUAAAUCACGUCAUUCUUUACAGCAGUACGCCAAAACAGUGCUCAGAGAACACGACUGCGAGUGGCGUACUGGUUUAUCAUACUACUUAGCAGGAUAAGUACUUAGCGUGCGGUUUGGGACGCAGCCUGUGUCUGAGUCUCCUCCUCCUCUUGCUCCUCUUCCUCCUCCCCCAACAUCCCUGUGAGUCUUGGCCACUGGAGGCAGCUAGAACACAGUUUUUUUGUACCCGAGUCAGAGUACUUGAAGUUAUUUUAUUUAAAGCUAUUGUGGGAAACAAAAUGGUAGCGUUCUUUUUGUAGGAGCAUUAUUUUUCACUAGUGUGUAUGUGUGCGUGUAUGUAUGUGUGUAUGUAUGUGUGUGUAUGUGUGUGUGUGCGCGUGUGUGAGUGUGAGUGUGUGUGGCACGGACCUAUUAAAAGGAUGUUUUUAAAGUCA